AUGCAUUUACAUGCUCCAGUCCCGGUCCCCUAUGGCCUACCUCAUGUAGCAAACCCCUCCCGUCAAAUUCAUACACCGUACGUGGAACAAACGUACUAUGGCCACCAUGUCCCAUACCCCCCUUUUUUAAAUCAAACCCCAGGCCCCACCACCACCAAUACCAAUAUCCUCGAUUAUUAUGCAAAUGCCCCGCAACUUCUUUUACCAACCCCCUCGGAACUUCCUACAGACCUUUCAAUACUGUUUGCUCAAAUCCCUACCACACUUUCCUCGUCCUUGUUUUACCCAACACAGCACGAACAGUCUCAAAGCAGUGAACGUAGCAAUGAGCCUCUUACCUCUGCUGCUCCUAACACAAAUAAGACAGAGAGUCGACGGGGGGCACUACAACGUACUGUUGCCGAAGAGAUAGCGAUAUUUUACAGUGAUACUAUUUCAUCACACGAGAAAAGACGCCAAUAUCUAGAAUGUCUCGAACAUUAUGUUCUGUAUUUGCAUGAACAACUGCGUCUUGUCAACAAUACACCUCCGCUUGAUCUCAAGCGUGUGUCUACUUAUCUGGGUCUAAGCUCUCGUAGCAUCAGAACAUUGCUGGUGCAUAUGCAAAACACAAACCAUUGCCUUCAUGAAAAUAUGCUCAAAGUGUUACAGUGA